AUGACGGAUAUUACUGAUGAUAUCGCGGAGGAGAUUUCGUUUCAGGGGUUUGAAGAUCAGUAUAGAUUGCUACAGAGCCUUCUCAAUGACGUUCUUCAGAGGGAAGUCGGUCAUAAUUUCAUGGAGAAAGUCGAACGCACCCGCACCCUCGCCCAGAGUGCAUGCAACUUGCGAAAUGCUGGAAUUGUGGACACAGCAGAGCUGCUUGACAAACAGCUUGCAACAGAGUUGUCUAAACUGACACUGGAAGAAGCUCUGUCCCUUGCUAGGACAUUCAGCCAUCAACUGAACUUGAUGGGAAUUGCAGAGACCCAUCAUAGGUUGCGUAGAAAUCGAGCAUUGCCUCACCUAUCAAAAUCUUGUGACGAUACUUUUGGGAAGCUGGUGCAGGCUGGUGUAUCUCCAGAUGAGCUCUAUAAGACUGUUUGCAAGCAGGAGGUUGAGAUUGUGCUCACUGCACAUCCGACGCAAAUUAAUCGGCGUACUUUACAGUACAAACAUAUAAGGAUAGCGCAUAUCUUGGAGUAUCUUGAACGGCAAGAACUUGAUGCUGAGGACAAGGAAAUGCUUAUAGAAGAUCUGAUGAGAGAGAUCAUGUCCAUUUGGCAAACAGAUGAGCUUAGGCGUCACAAACCUACUCCGGUGGAUGAAGCUAGGGCUGGUUUAAAUAUCGUCGAGCAGUCGCUCUGGAAAGCUGUUCCUCAUUACCUUCGCCGUGUCAGCAAUGCCCUCAAGAAGCAAACUGGGAAGCCGCUUCCACUGACUUGCACACCAAUAAAGUUUGGAUCUUGGAUGGGCGGUGAUCGUGAUGGAAAUCCAAAUGUGACAUCAAAGGUCACACGAGAUGUUUCUCUACUAUCAAGAUGGAUGGCAAUUGAUCUUUACGUCAGGGAAAUUGAUCACCUCAGAUUUGAACUUUCCAUGAACCCAUGCAGUGAUAGACUUUCAAGACUUGCACAGGAUAUUCUUGAAAAAGAAAGCUCAUCAGAGGACCUUCAUGAUAGUUGGCAUCAAACACAAAGUUGGAACCAAUCUAAGCAUUACAGUGACCAUGCUAUGCCUCUUCCAACACAGCUUCCCAGAGGAGCUGAUUUGCCUUCUUGUUCAGAGCGCAAUACUGUGGAAUCUCACUAUCCACGCCUGGAUGUUCCUGGCUCCGAGUUUAAACCAUUAAAUCGACUGGAUGUUCAAGCUUCUUCAUCAGGGGGUUCACCUAUUGCUGACACCCAGAAUCGUUCACAGAAAACACUUUCAAAUGCAAAUUUACCUCCAUCUGGAAAUUCUCAAACCAACGGAAUGACCCGCGUGGCUUCUUUCAGCUCUAGCCAACUCCUUACUCAGAGAAAGCUUUUUGCUGAAUCUCAAAUUGGCAGGUCCAGCUUCCACAAGCUCUUGGAACCAAGCGUGGCUCAGAAACCGGGAAUAGCACCUUACAGGAUUGUACUCGGUGAUAUUAAGGAAAAGCUUCUGAAGACAAGAAAGCGGCUGGAGCUCCUCCUUGAAGAUCUUCCUUGCGAAUAUGAUCCCUGGGAUUAUUAUGAAACAUCAGACCAGCUUCUAGAGCCAUUGCUAAUGUGCCACGAGUCACUGCAAUCAUGCGGAUCCGAUAUCCUAGCUGAUGGACGUCUUACUGAUUUGAUUAGACGUGUUGCCACCUUUGGGAUGGUAUUAAUGAAACUCGACCUGCGCCAGGAAUCUGAUAGGCAUACCGAGGCACUUGAUGCAAUUACCAGAUAUUUAGACAUGGGUACCUACAGUGAAUGGGACGAAGCUAAAAAGCUAGAAUUUCUGACUAAGGAGCUAAAAGGAAAGAGGCCUUUAGUCCCACAAACUAUAGAGGUUGCUCCCGAAGUUAAAGAAGUAUUGGAUACAUUCAGAGUAGCAGCUGAGUUAGGGGGCGAUUCACUAGGAGCAUAUGUGAUCUCCAUGGCCUCAAAUGCAAGUGAUGUCCUUGCUGUGGAGCUUCUGCAGAAGGAUGCUCGUCUUGCUGUUACUGGAGAGCUUGGCAGAGCAGGUCCUGGAGGAACAUUGCGGGUGGUUCCUUUAUUUGAAACUGUGAAGGACCUUAGAGGAGCUGGCUCUGUCAUUAGGAAAUUGUUAUCCAUUGAUUGGUACCGCGAGCACAUAAUAAAAAAUCACAAUGGGCACCAAGAGGUGAUGGUUGGUUACUCUGACUCUGGCAAGGAUGCUGGGCGCUUCACUGCUGCGUGGGAGCUUUACAAAGCACAGGAGGACGUUGUAGCUGCAUGUAAAGAGCAUGGAAUCAAGGUCACUUUGUUCCAUGGGCGUGGAGGAAGUAUUGGACGCGGUGGAGGUCCUACUUACCUUGCCAUUCAAUCUCAGCCUCCUGGUUCUGUUAUGGGUACUCUUCGAUCAACUGAACAAGGAGAGAUGGUGCAGGCGAAAUUUGGGCUGCCACAGAUUGCUGUUCGACAACUGGAGAUCUACACAACAGCUGUGCUACUUGCUACAUUGCGCCCUCCCCAGCCUCCAAGAGAAGAAAAAUGGCGCAAUCUGAUGGAGGAGAUCUCCAAGCUAAGCUGCAAUAAUUAUAGGAGUACAGUGUACGAAAACCCAGAAUUUAUUGCAUACUUCCAUGAAGCUACACCUCAAGCGGAGCUUGGAUACCUCAACAUCGGGAGCCGCCCAACCAGAAGGAAGAGUACGGGAGGAAUUGGACAUCUUCGAGCAAUUCCAUGGGUAUUUGCCUGGACUCAGACUAGAUUUGUGCUUCCUGCUUGGCUAGGAGUUGGAUCAGGUCUUAAAGGAGUAUGUGAAAAGGGUCACAGUGAAGACCUACGGGCCAUGUACAAGGACUGGCCUUUCUUCCAGUCCACUGUGGACCUCAUCGAGAUGGUUCUGGGCAAAGCCGACAUUCCCGUGGCCAAGCAUUAUGAUGAAAUCCUGGUGUCUCCAAGUCGACAACAGAUUGGUGCUCAGUUAAGGGAAGAACUUAUUACAACAGAGAAGUAUAUCUUGUUGGUUACUGGACAUCAGAAGCUAUCGGAUAACAACCGGAGCCUACAGAGACUGGUGGAGAGCAGGCUCCCUUACCUCAAUCCAAUGAAUAUGUUGCAAGUGGAGAUUCUAAAGAGGUUGAGACGUGAUGAAGACAACAAUAAGCUAAGAGAUGCCUUGCUUAUUACCAUCAAUGGAAUUGCUGCUGGGAUGAGGAACACUGGUUGA